GAAAGAGCGUGGAGAUUUGAAAUCGCGGGGAAUGGAAGCCAGACGGAGCAGAAGGCGAGCCGCCGGGGGAGCAGGAGCCCCGAGCCCGGCCCCGGGCUACAGCAGCAAAUAAACACCGCGGCGAGGCCGAGCGCAGCCGGGCGCAGUUUCUCUAGGAUUUCACAAUUGCUAAGAGCCUCUUGGGCUUCUCUGCUUUCCAUGAUACUGUGUUCUUGGCAGCGCUGUGGUGUGGGAAGAAGACUGAGGGCAGGAAAACAUACAUCUCAAAACUAGUUUCCUCCUAAAAAAUACAGUAAUUCAAUCCACCUGCCUCUUCAAGAUUUCCUUUUUUGAGUCCAAGCUUUAUUCACUAGAACACAAAGACACAUAAUCUUACUGGGACAGCAGAAGGUGAUACAGAGAAGGAAUAUACAGAGAGAGACCAGUCUUUUUCUGUGACCAGUCAACCCAUGAAGAGUGAGUGCUCUCAGCCACAUACAAAAUACUGUGGAGAAAAUGUAUGCUAGUCGAGAGGAUAUUGGAUACGAUUUUGGAGAUGACUCAAAAGCUGGAAGUAAGCCAAUUAAGCCUAAUCCAAACAUCGAUGGAGGAUGGGCUUGGAUGAUUGUACUUUCCUCUUUCCUUGUGCACAUACUUAUUAUGGGGUCCCAAAUGGCCCUUGGAAUACUCAACAUGGAAUGGCUUGAAGAGUUUAAUCAAAGCCGUGGCUUAACAGCAUGGGUUAGCUCCCUUAGCAUGGGCAUUACACUUAUUGUAGGGCCUUUCAUUGGUUUAUUCAUUACCAUGUGUGGGUGCCGCAAGACAGCAAUAAUUGGAGGGAUAUUGAAUGCCCUAGGCUGGAUAUUGAGUGCCUAUGCCUCAAAUGUGCACUUCCUCUUCCUUACAUUCGGAGUGACAGCCGGUGUUGGUAGUGGCAUGGUUUAUCUGCCUGCGGUGGUCAUGGUAGGACAGUAUUUUCAGAAGAGAAGAGCACUUGCACAAGGACUGAGUACCACAGGAACAGGGUUUGGAGCUUUUUUAAUGACAGCCUUACUGAAGUAUCUCUGCAGGGAAUUUGGGUGGAGGAAUGCCAUGUUCAUUCAAGGUGCGAUCUCCCUCAACCUUUGUGUCUGUGGGGCACUUAUGAGACCACUAUCCCACAAAGAUGUUAAUGAAAAAUGUGUUGUGAGAAGUAAUAGCGAAAAUAAUCAGGCAAAAGCUCUAUCCCAUUCUGCAGAGACUUUAAAAUCUAAUGGAGUCCUCAGUGAAGAAACAGACAAAAAAGAAGAGGCAACAAAUGAAGAAGUGCUUGACAGUGUUAAGCACAUAGAAACUGAAGGUAAAUCUAGAAGUGGAAAGAGUAUGUAUGGACUGCUCAUUCUUAAGACAGCGAGCCAGCUGACGAUUACGGUCAGGAAGGGCUUUGGAAUCUGGUACUCCAGUUAUUUUGGAGCUGCAUCAUUGUUUACCAACAGAGUAUUUGUGGCCUUUAUAAUUUGGGCUUUGUUUGCCUAUAGCAGCUUUGUCAUUCCCUUUAUUCAUCUUCCAGAGAUAGUCAAGCAGUACAGUUUAUCUAGUCAGAACAAUAUAUUUCCAUUGACAUCCAUUAUUGCCAUUGUGCAUAUUUUUGGUAAAGUGAUCCUUGGAAUCAUCUCUGAUCUCCCUUGCAUCAGCACUUGGAAUGUCUUCCUCAUGGCUAACAUCACCCUGGUCACUUGCAUUCUUACUUUGCCACUAAUGCAAACAUACAUUAGUCUGGCUGUGAUUUGUGCUCUAAUAGGAUUUUCUAGUGGCUAUUUUUCCCUAAUGCCUGUUGUGACUGAAGAUUUAGUUGGAACUAAACACCUUGCAAAUGCCUAUGGCAUCAUCAUCUGUGCCAAUGGAAUAUCUGCAUUGCUUGGACCACCCUUUGCAGGUUGGAUCUAUGACAUCACACAUAAAUAUGAUUUUUCUUUUUACAUAUGUGGCUUGCUGUACCUGGUGGGAAUAUUAUUUUUAUUUAUUCAACCUUAUAUUGGAAAGAAACAACCAUGAGAAAAGUCUACUGAAGAGGAACAAGUAUAGAACAAAUUUCAGACUUUUUUAUAUAAUUUAUUUCUUUCCGCGUUUCUAUUGUAUGGCAGUAUAAAGCUGAAACCAACCACACUGAAUUGUACUUAAGUGAAAAGCAAAUGUGCUCCAAAAUGCUAAUAAAUUAUUAGAAAUA